AUGGUGUUGUUGACGAAUCAAGAGAUCGGGAGAUGGAAAAGGAAACGAAUUUUGGUUGGAUUGUUUCUCUGUUGGCUAAUCAUAAUGUUCGUUACUCCCAAAGUUCCUCUCAAUUCCUUUCGACAUCAUGUCUUCGCCGAUAAGCGCAAUUUCAUGGGAGUGCCUAAUACAUUGAAUGUCAUGACCAACUUUCCUUUUCUUAUUAUUGGGGUUCUUGGUUUUGUUCUUUGCAUUGCAGGAAGCUUCUUCAAUAUAAGUUUGAAAGGUGAGAUCUGGGGAUGGACAGUGUUCUACGGAGGCAUUGCAAGCUUUGCCUUUGCCUCUGCUUAUUAUCAUCUCAAACCUGAUGACACUAGACUCGCCUUGGACACUUUGCCUAUAUUGAUUGCGUAUUCAUCGCUUUUCUCUAGUUUUUUGGUUGAGAGAGCGGGGGAGAAAGUAGGACUGAGUUGCCUAGUCUUGCUUCUAUUCAUAUCAUUUCUCAGCGUUGCUUACGCCAGAGUGUUUAAUGAUCUCCGGUUAUGCAUGACGUUCCAGUUAAUUCCGUGCCUGGCGAUUCCCAUCAUGACGGUUUUGUUACCUCCCAAAUAUACUCACUCUAAAUUCUGGCUCUGGGCAACAGUGGCCUACGCUAUUGCCAAGAUUGAAGGAUUUGCAGACAACAAAAUAUACAAUGCGAAUCGAUAUAUCAUCAGCGGGCACUCACUGGAGCAUUUGUGUUCAGCCGCAGGCACGCUUAUACUUACCGUUAUGCUUUUGUAUAGACGCAUUCCGUGUCAUAGAUUAGGUGAUCUCAAAGGCCAUCCUUGA